CAACUCAGGUGAAAGGAUAUAAAACCGUAUCAACAGUAAACACUGCACAUUACUGUCGCUUUGGAUUCUUAACGAGAAGGAUCGGGACAAGAAGCAAUUAUGAAAAUUGAUUCUAAAUUGCUGCUGCUAUUGUUCGGCACACUGAUGGUGCUCGGAUCGGUACAUGGGCAGGGUGCACUCAGCCCUGAUUUCAAACGGCGCAUAAUUCGGAGCAUGCUAGACUCCCAAAAGGACAUCCGUAAGGCCCUGCAGAGAAUAAAAUUUCAAAUAAUGAAACCGGAUGGCCCCGAAGGUGCUGUUGCGCCAGAAGGGGACGAGUUUGACGACGACGACGAGGACGAUGAUGACGGUGACGGUGCUUUCGAUGGGGACGAUAAUGACAUCUCCGGUAUCGAUGAUAAUGAAUACUUCAAAGAGCAACAGAGAAAAAUUCGCGCCGCACGUGCAAAGCUGGAGGCAUAUGUGAAACAGAUCGCAUCCAAUUUGAUUGCGAUGCACGAACAUAUCCGGAGAAUUGAUGACAAAAUUAACGAACAGAUACGUGAAGCCGGAAGUGAUGUGAACUAUAACUUGUACUAUCAGCCGGGAAACAAUCACCACACAGUUCCUCCACGUCCACCUACGUUUCCUACCAGACCAACACGCCCAACGAGACCAACUUACCCAACGGUGAGGCCCACUAGGGAACCGCCCGCAACGAUCUCUUCUAAGCGGUUCAAUUCCAAUGGCUCCCGCGGAGGUCGUUCACUAGAGGAACCAGCAGCCAUCUUCGAUGCGAAGCAACUCGAUCCGAACCCGGAGGUUGAAAAUUUAGUGACCCACGAUGGACCGGCUCGGCAGAUGGUUCAAGCAAACCAGGAAAAGGUUGAUCAAUGAUUUAUUAGUUUAGGCAAGUGAUCGUACAGUUAAUCAAUCGAGUAUUGUAUUUUUCAAAGUUGUUCAUUUUGAAGGAAAGAAAAUUUUCAAUCUAAGAAUAA